AUGAGACGUUUCUGCAAACGCCCCAAGGAGAAAUUCGAUUCCAACAUCAUCGGUCAAUCGUAUCCAGGAGGCUGCGAGGAUCUCACUAGGGCUUUUGCAUACGCUCUGGUUGGAGGAGGCACGGAUGAUAAAUACAACAAGACAUUCAAUCUCAUAUUAAGCGAACAGAUAAAUCCCCUCGACGUCCGGAUAAACUAUGAGAAGUGCUGUAUAGAGGAAGAUGGGGAGGUAUAUCAAGCCGUGGUAUGGGAGCGCCAGAACCCCGAAGCGGAAGGGAAGGUCAAUGGCGUUAGCUAUAACUUCUACAGUACUGGAAGUAAAGAAGCUAGCCGAGCUUGGAGUUAUACUCAUCAUUUAGUCCAUAUUUUCAGAAAUUACCGGUUCUUUAUGGCUGCUGAUGGGUACGCUGGUCUGGCACCAUUGAACACGAAGGAUAAUUGUGAUGAUUCAGUUGCCUUUUUGGAUGGUGCUAAUGUGCCAUUUGUGAUUCGGCUUUUGGGAGAUGAUACUCUUGAUUGGGCUCUUGUGGGACCGUGUUAUGUGCAUGGUGUGAUAGAUGCUAAGGCUGCGAUGGAGAAUAAAAGUUUUGGCGGCAGGACGCAGAUACGUUUAGUAUAA